AUGGGCUGUAAACAAACAACAACAAAAUCUCCAUCUGUUGUUAUCGCAACUUCACCAACUACAUCAUCUAAUGUAAAAAGUGCAUUAAAAAAAUCUCAUGUUAAAGGAGGAGAAAAGACUGAAAAGCCUUCAUUUUUAAAACAAAACGUACCAACAUUAAAUAAAUCAGUUAAUUUUGAUGAAAAAGUUCAAGUUAAAUUACGUACUCCAACUCCAAGAGAAAGACAAUAUGAAAAAGCAUCAUCAAAAAAAAUAGUACAAAGACAAAUAUAUCAUAAUGAUAAAGAUAAUGAUGAUGAUGAUGAUGACGAAGUUACAUCGAUUUCAUCACAAGAAGAUAAUAUUAAUAAUGAACCAAUUAAAAUAUCAAAACCAGUUCCGUCUCAAUUCUUACAACGAAAUCAAUCAAAUGCUUUUUGGAAUAAAAAUAAUUCUAUAGGAAUAAUAUCUGGAGCAAAUAAUGUCAAAGAAAAAAGCCAACUUCCACCAACUGCAAUACAACAACCACAUAUUAACAUGACAACGAAUUCUACAGAAAAUUCGAAUAUGCCUAUAGGAAAUCGUUUUAGAAUACGUCGUAAAGUUCAAUAUCCUGUUCUACCGCAAGCUUCAAGUCCAGUUGUUUCUAUUCAAUCACCCACUACUUCUUCUUCUCCACCAAUUGUACAAACAUCAUCUCCUACAGUACAACGAUCAUUACCAAAUACAAACGCUAUACUUAUUGAACAUCAUGCAUCAUUUUCUGAUGGUGGAUCUACACCAAAUCCCACAUAUUAUGCUUUCAAACGACGUCCGAUUGAUAAGCCAAAUUCAACAGAAAAAUAA